CACAGAAAGUCGGAAGGGGCCGCAAAAGCAGAGGCUGUCCCUCUGACAAACCACAUUUUUUUUUUCAAACGGGGAUUUCCUGAGGAAGUCAGACCGGGGGCUUUCCAGGCGGACUGACAUCAACAGCUCAUAUGUUCAGGGCGCCUGUUUAGCUUGUCGAUUCCUCCGUUUUCCGCUAUUUUGUUUCAGAUUUUGUGUUCGGAGUAGAUAAUGUCGACUUUAAUAAGAUUAUGUCUACCUGCGCCUUUGGAAAGCGGCGAAGUACCAUCUUUUUCUGUGUAAUUCAGACGGUGUCUUCGCGUCUAUGACUGCCACUAAUCGAAGCUCCAUUUCUGACAUUGUUCAUUAAAACAGUGCGGAAUUGGACAACGACGCAAACGAGCUGAUUCAUGUCAUGUCCGCGGGCCGUGCUGUUGAGCUGCAGGUGCCGCUGCAGCGAGCGCCUGCGUCCGUGCCCUCCCUGGCCCAGCGGCCGUGGCCCGAGCCCGGCUUCCUGCCGGCGCUGGGCGGCUUCCGGGACCGCUUUGUGGAGACGCCCGAGGCCAAGUACUGCUGCGAGGAGUGCCGCCUGGUGCUGUGCCAGCCGCGCCAGACCGAGUGCGGACACCGCUUCUGUGACACCUGCAUCAACAGCCUGCUCAGUAAACCCAACCCCGUGUGCCCAGCUGACAAGGAGCCGCUAUUCGAGGACAAGAUCUUCCGUGACGUGUGUUGUCAUCGUGAGAUCAUGGCCCUGAAGGUGUACUGCCGCAGUCAGAAGAACGGCUGCCAGGAGCAGAUGAGCCUGCAGCAAGUUAUGGACCACCUGAACAUCUGUCCGUACUACGAGGUGCCGUGUCCGCUGGGGAAGUGCAAGGAGCGCAUGAUGCGGAAGGACAUCCCCGACCACCUCCGGCUGAAGUGCAAGUACCGCGAGAGCACCUGCGAGUUCUGCAAACACAAGAUGGCGCUCACCGAACUACAGAAACACAAAGAGACAGUGUGUCCAGCGUACCCAGUGUCAUGUCCCAACCACUGCUCCUUUUCCUCCAUCCUCAGAAGCGAGCUUCCCAACCACCAGCAUGACUGUCCCAUGGCUCAGGUCUGCUGCCCCUUCUCCCGAUUCGGAUGCACUUUCAAGGGUUUGAACCAAGAGAUGAGAGAACACGAGUCCACCUCCGCCUCGGAGCACCUGAGGAUGAUGGCAGCCAGGAACACUACGCUAGAGGCCAAGGUGGAGGAUGUGAAGGGAGAGCUGCAGGAACGCUAUAAAGUGCUGCCGGGCCUCAACACUCGCAUCACAGAGCUGGAAACACAAUACGAAGACAUGAGGGAGAAGAACCGACAGCUCGAGACCAAAAUAACCGGCAUGCAGAAGCUGAUGAGCAGCCACACAGAGAAGCUGCUGGAGGUGGAGCUGGAGCUGUGCACGCUGCGGGGCCUGCGGGAGGAGGUGGAGACCCUGCGCUCCUCACUAGAGACCAUGCGCACGCGGCUCAACAGCCUGGAGCUGGCCCGCGGAACCUCCGCAUCCGGCACACACACGCUAAGCUCCCUGGAGACGCAGGUGACGCGGCACGACAACAUGCUGUCCAUGCACGAGGUGCGCCUGGCCGACAUGGACCUGCGCUUCCAGGUCCUGGAGACGGCCAGCUUCAACGGCACGCUCAUCUGGAAGAUCCGCGACUACAAGCGGCGGAAGCAGGAGGCCGUGGCCUCCAAGACACUGUCGCUCUACAGCCAGCCUUUCUACACGGGCUACUUUGGCUACAAGAUGUGCGCGCGCGUCUACCUGAACGGAGACGGCAUGGGCAAAGGCACGCACCUCUCGCUCUUCUUCGUGGUGAUGCGCGGCGAGUACGACGCGCUGCUGCCGUGGCCCUUCAAGCAGAAGGUGACGCUGAUGCUGAUGGACCAGGGCGCGGCGCGCAAGCACCUGGGCGACGCCUUCAAGCCCGACCCCAACAGCAGCAGCUUCCGGCGGCCCACGGCCGAGAUGAACAUCGCCUCGGGCUGCCCGCUCUUCGUCACGCAGACCGUGCUGGAGAACGGCACCUACAUCAAGGACGACACCAUCUUCAUCAAGGUCACCGUGGACACCUCCGACCUGCCCGACCCCUGAACGCGCAUUUCAACAAAAAAAUAUUAUUGGUUUGGUUCAGGGGCGGGGAGGGCUGCGUUUUAAGAAAUGUUGACCUCCUUUUGUUUGACCAACCCUUAUCCUGGCGAUGGGGGUGAACAAAGGUGGUUGGAGAGAGGGGGUGGUGAUGGUGGUGGUGUGGGGGAGAACUAAACCCACCCAUCCUUCUUAGCCACCAUCCCCCUGAAGGUUAAAACGAAGCACAUGCCCCAGCUAGAAGGUGAAUGGAGAGGGAUGCGAGUCUCUGUGUGCACUGUACUUGGGACAGACAUGGAGGAGACGCAUAAGGAAGGCAAAGAACGAGUGAAAGAUAAAGAAGGAAAAGAGGAGGGAUGAAAGUGAAUUUUGAAGGGCAUGUUGGUUUCAAUGAAGGUCUUGCAGCAAGUGUGAAUAGAUAAGGGGGCAAAAGGCGGAGAGUCGAGUCUCUCUCCCUAACAUAGAGAAUGUUUUCUUGCGUGUGCGUGCGAUUUUGUGCACAGUACUUGCACGUAUGUAUAUGAGCGUGUAAAACGUACAUGGGAGCUAUUGCUGUGGCCCCGUCGUUGGCAAAAGCAUACAGGCAAAACCGGUGGCCUGCUUCAGAGUUUGAGAUAUUCAGAGAAAGAGCGGCGCGGGGGAGGGAGAAAAAGGAGGGAAAAAUGCAUGAUGAUUGGAUAAUGAAGACCCUGAAGUCGUUAUCGUACAAAACCUCUUGGUAAUCACAUUGUUAUUCGUUGUAUAUUGGCUUCAGAUGCAAAUGCUACUAAUAAGACGAACUUCUGUACAUCGGAUGAGGCCUAUAGCUGUGUUUUUUCGCUCCGUGAUGUCGCCGUGAGAUUGUGUGAGCGAGCGAGUGGCUUGCCCCCCAACCCCACCUACUGGUUUCUGGUCGCCACUGCGGCUGCUCAGGAGUCAGCCCAGUACAGUUGUGUAGCCGGCAGUCCAAGAAGUGCCGUGAUGAUAGAUCGUCGUCCCGUCCUGUUUUCAGUGCUGUUGUGGAGUGCCCAUGUCUCUGUCGUGUUAGGUGUCGUGACCUAUGGUGUUUCAUCAGCUGUAGGCAGGCUAUGGGGUGGGAGGCGGAGGGUGGGGGGGAUUGGU